UCUGUGUGGAAUGCAGUAUUUGGGGUUGGUUUUAUUCAGUCCAGAAAUGAAAGUCCUUGAAGCAGCGUGGGCUAAUAAUGGUGGUGUUUUAAAUCUCAUUCUGAAUCUUUGGAGGAAGAGGAGAAACUGAAUUGUAAUAGCUAGAGAUGAUGUCACGAAGCCACCACAGGCCCUGUGCUUUGGAGGCCAUUCUGGGCUACCAGGAUGGCUGCCUGUGCCUGACUUAGGAAGGGGCCAGUGGUCUCACCACCAGUGUGUGAAGCAGCCAUUCACUGCUUUGAUCUCGUCAGUGUUGGAGAUCAGAAUGGAGUGGGUUUUAUCUUUACCUCUGCUCCACAAGCCCUAUCCGUUUUCAUUCUCAAAAAUUAUCUUCCCUAAGCUGUAGAAUAGACUGAGUUUGGGAACCAUGGGAACUUGGAGAUUUCUGUGUGUUGUAUAAAUAAUAAUAUUAAUAUAAUAUAUAUAUAUAUAUAUAUAUCAAUGAGUUAUGAACCUAUUUGAAACUAAAAAGACGGUUGUGGAGGGAUGACCGCAGCCAGCUGCUGUCGCUUCCACCCCACAGUGUCUGCUGUAAGUGUUGUGGACUAGAGACCCCAAGUGUCUGUACUCACGCAGAACGCGCAGAUGGGCUGGCCUGGUGACAGCUUUCCUGAGUUCUUUCUUAGUGAUAAGUUCUGUUAGACCUACAGGCUGAAAUCAUCAUGUCGUCUGUUCAGAAUGUAGAGCCUGGCUCCCCAGGACAGCUGCCCGUCUGUCCUUUUGGUUUACAUGGCACACUUCUCUUGUGGCCUCCGGCUCACACAAGGCUGAGCUGCACAGCUCGGGAAAUGUGUGGUUUUCAUGCCCCUCGUGCGUCCACAGGCGCCGGGCAGUUGCUUUCUUACUUGACCUGCAUUAUUUCCACAUAGCUGUUGCACCUGACCUCCUCCUCCCCUUCUGCUGAGUUACUGUGAAAAGUUUCUUCACAAAGAACCACCCACCCUUGGCCUCUGGUUACUUGUAAACAAAAAGAAGACCUUGGUCCAUUUUCAGAUGGACUAAAGGAGCAAAUGUAGACAGCUUUUCAGUGGAUUAGCAAAUACUGAAAACCGUGUACUGAAACAUCGCCAAGUUCUGCCUUGGGUGGGGUGCUGGGGGUCUUGGGAGAAAGGGUGUCCGGGAGCAGGGAGGAUAUGGAGUUCAUCCCAAGCACAGUGCAGUUCCCAUGACACUGCCUCAUUGAUUCAGGUUCUUCAAGCACUGGGCUCUUUAGAGUCUCACUACAAUUCCUUUUUACAAUCAUGGUGUGGAAAUUAUCACUCUAUUCUGUCAAAGUAAAGUUCUUCCCAUGAGAUCACAGGUAUCUUAGAUUUACUGGCACCAUUGAGGGAGAGACUACUGCAUGAGACAUCAGCAGGGUCUUUAGAGAUUAUUUCCUAUUUUUGUUUUGUCUUGUGUUUGUUUGCCUCACCCCCAAGUGUCACUUGUUUUAAUAUAUACCUGAGUGGGGGGGGGGGGGGCGUUUGCAUUUAUGUUGCACUCCUGAAAUGCUAUGUGUGACCCUUGUUUCCAGAAACCAUUUCUGCCGGGCAUGGUUGCGCAUACCUUUAAUCCCAGCACUCCAGAUGCAGAGGCAGGCGUGUGUCUAUGAGUUCAAGAACUACAUAAUGAAUUACAGGACAGCUAGGACUAUGUAGAGACCCUGUCUCAAAAAGAAAAAGAAAAAAAAAUUAAGUUGUUUGGCUUUUGUCUAGCCAUUGCAAAAAUGGCAGACGUGAGCACUUGUACCUGUGUGGGGGAGGGGGGAAGAAGUAUUGCUUGUCCUUUAGUAGGCUCUGAAAGUCAUUACCGUGUCAGUUAAGGGAAAAUAGAAGUUGCCAAAGUCAGUAUUCAGUCCUUGGUUUUCUUGUGACUUCGCUAGUCGGCUGAGGGAUGAGAAGCACUCCCAGCUUCCUCUGUCUUUCCCCUGCCUGCUGACAGAGCCUCAGUGUAUACAAAUGGCUUUCAAGGAUCUGCCAGUUUGCCUGGAUAGGGAUUCCUGUCAGUUAAAAGAACGGGGAAAUUUUACACUUACUUUUAUUGUCAAUUAACAUCUCAUUUUUUGUUCUGUGCCCUAUGGUAACUAUACUGCCAAUAAUAACCAAGAUGCUAAAACUGAUUACAACUGGCUAAAAAGAUUUUUUUAUAUACAAAGAUUUGUGUAUAUUUUGAAUUGAUAUGGCAUUCAUUUGUGUCCAUUUGAAUAUUAUACAAUAAACAAUUACCUGCAGAUUCUGUCUUCAUUCUUUGUGUUCUUUGAAUAGUGUUCUUUACAGAUUGUUUACAUCUGUAUUUACUAUAAUGAACUUUGUAGAUCUGUGAAAUAUUAUUUUGCUUAAACCACUUGAGUCCUUAAUAUCCAGGCAUCAACCUUCACUGGUCAGUCUCAGUUUCUGUGACGUGGCCAGGAGCUCCUAACACUAAGGGAUUAGUGCUAAUUUUCCCUGGGGGUAUUCUUCUAGGGCAUUACUGUAUAAUGACUUCGAAACAUAGUUUAAGGAUUUGUUGAUUGACCAAUGUCUUAUUGCAAAGUAUGAGCCUACCAAUCUUGGUUAACCUGUGUAUAGACAGCUUACUGCUAACUAGUUGGAGUGUGUGUAGGAUUGCCUGUAAUGUUUAAACUCUUUCUGAUGUGUGCUGGUGGGACAGUUUUGGUACAUUGUAUUUACUGAAAUUUUGCCUUUUUAAUUUAUACUUUAGAUACUUUAGAAUUCAGAUGUGUUUUCUGCUUCUGUAAGAAUGUGGAAACGUUUUUAAUGGCAUCCCAUUGGUUUCAGGUCUUGCUCGAGGUUGACUUUAAUAAACUGUCCUGUAUGUUCUAAUUAAGUAUAUGGGCUUGUUCUUUGCCUGUAAUUUCUUGGUACAAUUUACUGGGAAAUGAAACACACCAAAAAGAAAAAAAUCCACCUAAUCUCAGCCCGGUUUUCCCCCUUAAAAUGCUGCUAAGAAAUGGUUUCUUCAAAGUGAGCUUUCUGUUUUGCUUUUGUAGAGGAAGGAUGUCUCGAGGCUGGAUGGCGCCCCUUUCAGUGUCCUGUAAGGUGAUCUGGGCACCAGGUGCUCGGUGAACGCCACUUUCAUCCCAUUGCUUUGAGACCCAGAGGUGGCCUUCUGGUUGGACAAUAGCCAGGCUAUGCCGAUCAGCCAGAGGACAGUGCCUUUGUUGCUUUUGCUAGAGUACCUCGGAACAAAACGAACCCUGAAAGGCCUGCUUCCGGAAGCUUCUGGUUUGUUGCAGCCGCUCAGGCAGGUCAGAGGCCCCGCUGGUAGUGUCCCCUCCGAGCUCGCCAGGUGGCGCUGAGCCCCGGGCUGAACCACUGUGGGGACAGAGCCACGUCGGCACCCGGUCCCUGCCAGGCCGUGUGGCGGGAUGGGGACGCCGGCGGCCUUGGGAGCAGAGCUGGGAGCAGAGCUGGCCUUGCGGGUCCUGCUCUUUGUGGCCUUCCUGGUGACCGAGCUGCUCCCUCCCUUCCACCGGCGGAUCCAGCCCGAGGAGUUGUGGCUCUACCGGAACCCGUACGUGGAGGCGGAAUACUUCCCCACAGGCCCCAUGUUUACCAUUGCAUUUCUCACUCCACUGUCCCUGAUCUUCCUGGCCAAGUUUCUGAAGAAAGCUGACACCACCGACAGCAAGCAAGCCUGCCUCGCUGCUAGCCUUGCCCUAGCUCUGAAUGGUGUCUUUACCAACACAAUAAAACUGAUAGUGGGGAGACCACGCCCAGAUUUCCUCUACCGGUGCUUCCCCGAUGGGCUGGCCCGUCCUGACCUGGCCUGCACAGGGGACGAGGACGUGGUGAACGAGGGCCGGAAGAGCUUCCCCAGUGGACACUCUUCCUUUGCAUUUGCUGGUCUGGCCUUUGCUUCCUUCUACCUGGCAGGGAAGCUCCACUGCUUUGCACCAGGAGGCCGAGGGAGAUCCUGGAGGCUCUGUGCCUUCCUGUUGCCUCUACUCCUCGCGGCUGUCAUUGCGCUGUCCCGCACGUGUGACUAUAAGCACCACUGGCAAGAUGUACUAGUUGGGUCCAUGAUUGGAAUAACAUUUGCCUACCUCUGCUACAGACAGUACUAUCCUCCUCUGACUGAUGUAGAAUGCCACAAACCAUUUCAGGACAAGCACAAACUCCCCUCUUCACACAAGAAGCCCAGUGACUCUCACCGCCUGGAUAUCUAGCUGAACCUACUACCUCAGUGGAGAACAAACAAAUCAGUUCUCCUACCAAGCCAAGAAUUCCUAGCUCUUACCUCUUCCAAGGUACAAGUGAGGGCAUGGCCACAUUGUACACCUGCUUCCACGGGACUGUGCACUUUGCCCCACUUCCAAGGCUAGAUAGACCCUGUGGAUUCCCUGCCUGGUGCCUGUUCUGUCAAGGGGCUCUUUCGGGAGUUCUCUCACUGGGUUGAUGAAGCUAGGCCUUAAGAUU